UAUAAAUGUUUCAGCAAUCUGUGAGUUUUUAGGCUCAGAUCCAAUUCACUUUUUCACAACUUGUAAAGCUGAAAACAUUCUGAAAACAUUUUUUGUCCAAAGCGACCAAAAGCUUAUACAAAAAUGACUGCUGGCAACAAAAAAAAGCCAGACUGGCUCCAAAAUGGCUCCUACACACAGCUGGCCGGCGAGAAGGAGUUUUUCGAAUUGUCAAAACAAUAUGCCAAUAUCGUUCUGCUGUUCCAUCGCACUGGCGACCAGCAGUGCCGCAUCAUGGACACGCACCUGAAGCUCCUGGCCGCCAAGCAUCUGGAGGCCAAGUUCUGCAAAAUUAAUAUCGAGGAUGCCAAAUUCCUGCAGCAACGCCUGCGCAUCAAUCAUACACCCGAGAUUCUGCUGGUGAAGGACCGAAUGACAACUGACUAUAUUGUCGGCUUCCAGGAGCUGGGGGGCAACUGUGACAGCUUCUCCACGGCGAUGCUCGAGCGCCGCAUCGCCAGAUCUGGAACCAUUUCGUACAAAGGGAAGCAGAAAAAGACUUGUACACAUUACACACAAAGUACCUAGAAAUACACAAAUUAUUGCUUCGAUUAUCGGGGGACAGGCUGCUGCUGUUGUUUUGUUGCUGUUGCUCUGCAACACUUUCGUAAGACAUUAACUUCAAUUUGUUAAUAAAGUUUAAGCUAUGAAAUAACGAAUC